AUGCUGAUGGUGGAGAUGGGUGUGGAUUUCAGUGAUGCUAAUGGUGUGGCGUGCUUGUGGGCGUCCCUUGACCCUUACAUCUUGCUUCGACAACCCCCCAACCCCCACCUCUUGCUUCGGCAACCCCUUAUUGUGCCCCCGAACCCCUACUCCUACUCCAGCAGUCCUACCCCCAUACCCAACGUCGACAACACCCCAAAACCCAAAACUCACCUCUGGCAGCCUAUACCAUACCAACACCGGAAAUCUCUCAACCCCAUCCCACCUCCGACUGUCUUUCGUUGCCCCAUCAUCAAACAAGAAAAUUCAACACUAUAA